GUAGGAUACCUUUUGUUAUACAAAAAGAACGACAUUCCUAAUUUUGAUUUUCGAAAUAUGUCCGAGUUACCCGAGUUGAUCCCGGGUCUUCCAGAAGAAAUAGCUCUCGAGUGCCUCACUCGACUACACUACUCCACUCAUUCAGUCGCUGCGCGAGUUUGCCGGCGUUGGCGCCACCUUCUUCUAAGCAGAGGUUUUUACAACAACCGGAAGAAAUCUGGCCACACCCAUAAGGCUGCAUGCUUAAUCCAAUCGCUUCCCGCUCAAUUUGCUUCAAGUGAAUCUAAAGCAACUGGGCCGCCAAAAUAUGGAGUUUCUAUCGUUGAUCCAGUUAAUGGGACUUGGGAGCGAGUUGAACCAGUUCCUGAUUACCCAGAUGGUCUGCCUUUGUUCUGUCAGGUUACGAGCUCAGAAGGGAAGCUUGUACUCAUGGGAGGAUGGGAUCCGGUUAAUUAUGAACCACUGAUUCAUGUUUUUGUAUACGAUUUUACAACUCGGAGAUGGAGAAAAUCCAAGGACAUGCCGGAGACCCGAUCUUUCUUUGCUUUAGGCGAGUUAAACGGCCAAGUUAUAAUCGCUGGAGGGCACGAUGAGAACAAGAACGCGCUGAAUUCAGCGUGGGUAUAUAACGUAACCUGCGACGAGUGGACUGAGUUACCACGGAUGAGCCAGGAAAGAGACGAGUGCGAAGGCUUAGUAAUCGGUGGUCAAUUCUGGGUCGUGAGCGGAUACAGAACAGAAAGUCAAGGACAAUUUGAGGGAAGUGCUGAGUCGAUCGAACUCGGAGCGAGUCAAUGGAGGAAAAUUGAAGAUGCAUGGAAGGAGAAUAGGUGUCCCAAAUCGUGCAUCGGUGUAGAUAAAGGUGGGAAGCUGGUGAACUGGAUUGGGUGUGUGAGGGAGGUUAAGGCUGGAGUGUGUGUAGGCCAUACAAGUGAAUGGACAAUGGUGUCCGGAUCAGCUUACGAAGGAGGGGCUCAGGCGUUUUAUAUUAUGGAAGGGCAAAAUGGUAAAUGGAAGAGGGUUGAUGUGGCAGAGGGGUUCUCCGGGUUCGUGCAAUCGGGGUGCUUUGUAGAGAUCUGAAGAGCAAGAGCAGGCUUGAAUUUGAUUGCGUGUGUUGUUCUGGCUGGCGAAGCUUUAUAAUUGUGUAAAUAUUUGUGUAUGCAAAUGUAAUUCUUCCUAAUGUUCAUAAGCUGCUGCGUGAACCGAAUUGAUCGAUUAUUCGGUCUGAGCAAUGUGAUUCAGUUCUUAUUUUUUGUUA